AUGCUGAAGAAGAGCAUGACGGCUGACGACAUUGCUGGUGAGGUCACCCGCAUCGUCACCCAUGAGUAUGGCCUCGACCCGGACAAGUGCCGAGCCAUCAUGGGUGACAGCUGCGCGGCAAACCUUCUAGCCAUGGACGCGCUGGCGAAGUUGUUCAGAUACGCGGUCGUCAUCGGCUGCUUGUCCCACACAUUCCACAACAUCGCCAAGCAGCUGUGCACCCCGGAGUUGGACACGUUCAUUGGCAAGAUGCACACCCUGCCCUCGCACAGCGCUGGAGCGAAGGCGCUCUUCAAAGAGAAAGUCGGAGUCCGCGCCCCAUCGACGCCUGGACACCGGUGGGGCUCCAGAUUCGAUCGUGACUACAUCAUCGCCAUGAAUUGGCCGGGAGUGUUGAAGUUCAUCGCCGCCUACGAGAGUGCAGACACGGACAAGAGCAAGGCGGCGAAGUUCAUGAGGGAUGAGCUAGUGCGAGUUCGCGACGACAACAAGGCCCAGAGCUUAGUUCUCCAGUUGCACCUGGCUCUGAUGGUGGACGUCGGUCGUUCCGUGACUUCAGCAACUAUCGUCCUGGAGGGCGACGAGCCGUUUGCGCACAAGACGUACAACGUCGUGGAGCGGUUCCGCAGCAAGUUUGAGCUAGCUGAAGACGGUGUUUUCUCAGAGGAUGUCUCCUUGCCCACCGUCGCUGCUCUUCUCGACAAACUAGUCGGCCAAGGGGACGACCUGGACGACUUGGACACCCUCCGCCAGUACGCACACGACAGGGUCGGACGCCACUCCCAAGCGAGGGAGGCCAAGACCUUGGAGAUGUUCAAGGCCGCGAAGCUGACGGACUUCGUGUUCAUGAAAAGCAAGAAGUACUCCGAUGACACCAUUCGCAGCCUCAAGGUGCUCCCGUUCGUCAAGAGCAAGAUGGUCAAGGGGCUUUUGAAGGAGAAGGAAGACUACUACAUGGCGGCCAGUGACACAGACAUCGAGGGCCGGGCCCAGAGUAGCAGCUCAGCAGAGAAGACGGGUAGCGCCGAAGAUGCCAACAGCGGCGGCGGUAGCGACCAGAGCGAUGGCAGCGAUGAAGAAAGCGACUGAUGGCCUGUGUUUCACUUUCGUGUAGAUGUCUAACUUGUUCGUAGUUGGUGGGUCAGUACCUGUCCAGAUUUGUUUGUUUUUGCCCGGACGUGAGCGUGCAUGCCAUGCGUAACGUCGAAGUAUCAAAGCAUCAUAGUACAGUCGAACCUCGCUUAAGUUAACACAUGGUUUUUCCCGAAAAAAAGUUAACUUAAGGCGAGGAAGUUAACUUAAAAUUCAGGGGACCACAACUCACCAUCCCCGGGGCCAAUAGAGGCGGUGAAUACCUCAAUAGACGCGCAUUGGGCUCCACUACGUGUUUGACGAGAGAGGAGACUGAAAAAAGUGAGAGGGAGCAUAUUUUUAUGUCCAUUUUACUAAACAACACUAUAACCAAGAUGCUAUGUUGGAACGCUUGAACCCACGCACACAUUUCUCGUCGAUCGCAAUGUACAGCCACUCCUGUGUAGUAGUCUCAUGCGGUCCCACGCAUUCAAGACAUACAUAGGCCACCCCAAACACAGCUCUGGUCGUUUGUACCGCACACUCUACGACCUCCACAUGUCGCGCAGAGUUGCCUGCAGCUCCCCCCCCUCCUUGGCUCGCCGCUUCACUUGAGUUUCGUGAGUGAACGAAUGCACAACUUUCGAGAGCAGGUACUGGGUCUCGCGGUACUCCCCAUCCUUUCCGUUCGCGUACAAGUAGGAGCAAACCUUCUCUAGGCUACCGCGAACUUCGGCCUCUGUCAUCGAAGAUGUUACGCACGACUCUGGUCUACCCCCACCAUCUUCAUCGUCCGUGGAGUCCGGUACCGUGCAUGUAGGCUCCUCGCAUCGUUUUUUGCCAGGCGCAGACGAUGCACCGCUGGAUGGAAGGAAUCUCUCCAUACCCACAGACAGCAGGUGCAGCAGCAGACCUCUUAUUGGCGGUCUACAGAGCAGUGAGAGCACUGCUGCUGCUGCUGGUUUUGAGGGGGUCCGUGGACUGUAUUUUUACCCCCCCUGUAUGCAAUACUUUCUGCGGGGCACCAUGUUUCC